AUGUCACUCGAUAUUCUUACCACUUCACAACCCGAACCAUAUGAUCUCGAAGAAGAAAUACAAUUAAUGGAUACUGAUGAAACAAAUCUACAAGUAGAAGAACAAUCAACAGUUCCAACUAUAGAUGUUGUUCAGAAACAAAAACAACAGGAAAACACUGAUGAUAAAACAGAAGAAGUACCAUCAUUAGUUGUUAUUGAGAAGCGCAAAGUAUAUAUUCGUGAUGGACCUGAUACUCAUCAUGUAGAAGCAAUUCCAGUUGAUGAGAAAUAUUAUGAAUUACCAACUACAGAUCAAUUAGCAUCGAUUGAAUUAUUAGAAGAAAAAAUGAAAGAUAUUUUGGAAAGUUUAAAUUUAACAAUUGAAGAUUUUCGUACAUUAUCAUCGCUGAGUGGUAACUCACGUCCUGAAUCUCUUUAUAUUCGUGGUGUAACUAAUAUGAGUACACAAGAAAUUUUCAAUUGUUUUGAAGAAUUUAAACCAAUUGGUAUUGAAUGGGUUUGUGAUCAUUCAUGUAAUAUCUUCUGGUAUGAUACAUUAACACCAAUACAUCUGCUUGCAAUAAAAACUAUACCUGGUCCAACUAUAUCUCAUCGACGACCUGUUAAUUAUGAUCAUGCUAUGCGUUUAAAUAAACGAAAAGCAUCAUCAUUAUCAUCAAAUGAUAGAGAAAAUAAUUCAGCUGAUGUUGCGCUUCCGCCUGGUCAUUGGCGUGAAGGAAGUUUUCAAAAAGAUGAUAAACCAGAAUCAACUAUUAAAUUAUAUAUUCGAUAUACAACACUUGACGAUCGAAAAGUACGUGGCGCAGAAAAUCAAUCAGAAUAUUAUCGACAAUAUGGAAAUCCAAAUUAUAAUAAUAUGACUGGUCUUAUAUCUCGUUCUAAAAAACGUUCAUUAAAUGCAAUGAAACCUAACAAAUUUCGAGAUUUUACUGUUAUUAAAUCAAAUGAUCCAACAGUCACAUCGAGUGAUAUCGUCGAAGAAAUACCAUUAGCACCGGAAGAUAAUACACCAGAUGCUAAAGUUAAAUUUACUGUUGUUCUUCCGCCAGAAAAAAUCUCAGCAACUAAAGAUGAAGAAGAUGAUUAUGAAGGAGAUCAUAGAUCUAAACGACAACGAAGACGAUCAUGGAGUAAGGAUGACGACGAAGAAGAACGACGACGCAAAGAAAAAACACAUUUUACUGUAACUAUGGAUUCUGCUGCUAAAACUCGACGAGAUUCAAAAUCGAAAGUUGAUGAAACAUCUAAAUCAAAUACCGAUGAUCAUCCUGACGAUGAAGAAUCAAAACCUGUAACUGAUGCUCGACAAAUUCUUGAAAGAAAACGACGUAAUCGACGAUAA